UGUGCGUGACCGACUGAGCUGUUGCUGUGCAUUGUAAUUCAUUUCAGACUUAUAGCCACCCGCGAUCCGAAUCAAAGUCAGUAGCAUUUGCGACGAGCUGGCGGUCAAAAGGGCAAAUACAUAAACGUCACCGGAACCUCACGCACGUGUGUAAAGUGGAAAAAAGCCGUUUAAUUCGUUACAAAUAGCAGAUCGCGAUCUCCGGCAGCGACAUACACACUUUGGACGCCACCACGAUGAGCACCUUUCCCAGCUUCGCGGACAUUUCGGUCAAGUUUUCGGAGGCCACGCUUGACGAGAUCAUCCGGAACGCGGGCGGCACCCGGCACACCUCCUACAAGUUUGGCCCCAGUGGCAAGAAGGGCGACGCCUAUCUGAGCCGUGUCUUCCGCAUCACCAUCUACGGCGUCAAGGAGGCGGAACAGGGCCAGGAUGAGGAGCAACUGGAGGUCAGUGUGAUCGUGAAGGCCAUGCCCGACAAUCUGCACCGCCGCCGACUCUUCCGUUCGGUGAUAUUCUUCCGCAACGAGAUCAACUUCUACAGCAAGGUGUUGCCGGCCGUCGAGGCCUUCCAGAAGUCCCGCCAGCCCGCCCCCAAGAAGCCCUUCGUGGAGUAUCCCCGCUGCCUGGCCAGCCUGUGCGAUGGCGUCAACGAUUUCAUCGCCCUGGAGGAUGUGGGUCCCCGGGGCUACAGGGCUCCUGUGCGUCAGGACUACAUUUCGCUGGAGGAUGCCCUGCUGACGAUGCGAACCCUGGGUCGAUUCCAUGGCGUGGCCCUGGCCUUCAAUGCCCUGGAUAGCAAGAACUUCGAGAAGGCGGCUGGUUCGCUGGAGGAGACCUAUUACGGCGAAAACACCAGGGAGUGGUACACGGGCUUCCUCCUGCUGGCGGAGAAUGUGGCCAAGGACGCAAUCAAGCAGAUCUAUCCGGAUAGCAAGUACGAGACUGUGGCCACUAACUUCCUGCAGCCGCCGCUGUUCGACGACCUGAUCAACCUGGUGUCCACUCGCUCCAAGUUGAGUGUCUUCGGGCACGGCGACUGCUGGACGCCCAACUUCCUGACCAAGUACAACGAGCAGGGGCAAUCGCAGGAGAUCAUCAUCAUUGACUUCCAGUUGGCCAGGUGCUCCUCCUUGGCCCUGGACCUGAGCUUCUUCAUCUACUCCUGCACGAGCCAGGAGCUGAGGGAGCAGCACUACGAUGAGCUGCUUCGCGCCUACCUGGAGAGCGCCCAGGAGCUGAUCCAGGAUCUGGGUGGUAAUGCAGAGGAGGUCAUCUCCUGGGAAUCGCUGCAGGAGGAGCUGAAGAACUUUGCACGCUUUGGCUGCGGCAUGGGCAUCGAAUCGCUGCCGAUGACGAUGAUGGAGGACGAGGAGGUGGCCGAUCUGGAUGGCAUCAAGGAGAACGCCAUUCUCACCGACGUCUGGAACAUCACGCCCUUCAAGGAGCCCGCCAAGCAGCAGCGACUGGCCGAUAUCUUCAAGCACGCCAUCGAUCAGGGCUACAUUAAGUAAGCUCCAUGAUAUUAAUGAUAAAAUCGAAUUCAGAAAGUAUUGGGAAUUUCGUAACUGUAACCCAUGUAUGUACAGAACAUUACUCCAGAUAAUUAAAAGCAUAUUUAAAACGCA